UCCUGCUACCAAGACAGUUAAUAAUCUUUUCGCUCUUUGCUCUUCUUGUCGCUAAAAAAAUCAGCAUGGCGAACUUGCGAGACGAAAUUUUGAAACUCACGAAUCCAACGCCAGUUUUCAAAGAUCUUGAGGACAAUUCAGAUGAUGAUACAAAUGCCAAGGUUGUAGAUCAUGAUUUAGAUCAUUAUGAAGAGAUCACUCAGCCGAGUAAAUUGAGACAGAAAACAGCAAUAAUACUUGCUGAUACAGAUAAGAAGUAUGCAGGAAAGAAGACAUCAAGGAAACAUUUUAACACUGAACUUAGUGAUGACAGUGGAGAAGAAUCUAAGGACAGUUUUAAUGAUGAUAAUGAAAUGGGGUCAGAUGAUGGCAGUGGCCUGUCUGAUGAUGAUAAGCUUGUUAUAGAUGAUGAUGUUGGUGAUGAAGAAGAUGAUGAUGAUGAUGAUAGUAAUGAUGAUGAUGAUAACAAUAGUGGUGAAGAAGAGGCAUUGAUGACUGUAAAUAAGUUCAACAAAUUUGGAGCAAAUGAAUUUUCGUUUAAAGAUGAUGGAGAUUAUUCUAAGUUUGCUGAUGAUGAAGAAUUUGAUGAUGAUGAUGAUAAUGAUGAGGAUGAAAGUGAUGAUGAUGACAGUGGAAAAGGUGAUGAAGAAAUGAGUGAUGAAGAUUUUGAUGAUGAUAAUGGUGAUAUUAAUGAUGAUAAGGAAUUGGAUAGUGAAGAUGAAGGAAUACAGAAAUUCUCUUCAGCAGCGACAGAUGAAGUAGCCAAGGGUCAAGCUGCUAAACAUCAACUUGGAUUAUGGGAUACAUUACUGGAGGGUAGAAUUAAACUACAGAAGGCAGUAUCUAUUGUAAACCAGCUUCCACAGAAACAAACAUGGUCACAAUUUGAGCAGACGUCAGAUAUGUUUGAAGAGGAGGCCGGGAAAGCUCAACAAGCGUUAGGACACCUACUUGCUAGUCUUGUACAUCUACAAGAUCUGAUGCUGCACCAAAAUACAGAAACUAGACAUAUCCUUGAUGGCAAACCAGACACUAAUAAAAAAGCAUCUGACAUUAAUGAUGAUGAUGAUGAAGAAAUACCAAGUGACACUGAUGAAGAGAUAGAUAAAGAGGAAGCCAAGCCUGCAUCAUCUACAAUAGUUAGAAAAAGAAAACUGAAGUUAGACGAGUAUCCUGAAGUAUUAAAGAAAAGACACACCAGUUUUACAGAAUAUAGAAAUUCUACCAUACAGAAAUGGUAUGACAAGACAAGGCUAGCAGCUGGUAAAGUGAAGGGUAAAUCAUUUAGUGCAUUCGAUCAAUCAGCUGUUGUACAGAUUAAUCAGAUUUUAGCUGAUAAAGACAGAUUGGUAAAGAGAACACAACUGAAGAGAACAGUAUAUAGAGUACUUGGUACCAAGCCUAAAGUUGACCAACCAGAGAUCUUACCAGCUCCACAGGAAGGAGAUGAGAAUGUUGUUAAGAAGGAUCAUGAGAAAGACAUUGACAUGGAGAUAUUUGAUGAUGAUGACUUCUAUCAUCAGUUGUUGAGAGAGCUGAUAGAGAAAAAAACUUCUGAUGUCAGUGACCCUGUUGCCCUCAGCAGACAAUGGUUAGAGAUACAAAAAAUGCGAUCUAAGAACAAGAAAGCAGUGGACAAUAAAGCUAGUAAAGGGAGAAAAGUCAGGUAUGACGUACACAAGAAACUGGUAAACUUUAUGGCUCCAGUAGAUGAUUGUAAAUGGUCUCACGAAGCAAGGGAUGAUCUUUUCAAGUCCUUGUUUGGGAAGAGAUUUUCAGGAAUACAGCUUUGAUAAUGUCCUAUAAUAUUAAACUAAAAUUAUUGAUUAUUAUUGUUUGAUUUGUACAGUACAUGAAUGAUUUAAUGAAUAAAUAC